GCGCGCGGGUAUCAGGCACGAUGGCAGGUGUCGUGGGUAGGGGCCUGCCGGCUAUGGGGCGACCGGCGUUGCUGUUGCUCGUGAUGUGUGCUGCCGGCGCCCAGGGGCUCUACUUCCACAUCGGCGAGACGGAGAAGCGUUGCUUCAUCGAGGAAAUCCCCGACGAGACCAUGGUCAUCGGCAACUAUCGAACCCAGAUGUGGGACAAGCAGAAGGAGGUUUUCCUUCCCUCGACCCCUGGCCUGGGCAUGCAUGUGGAGGUGAAGGACCCCGACGGUAAGGUGGUACUGUCCCGACAGUAUGGCUCCGAGGGCCGUUUCACGUUCACCUCCCACACCCCCGGUGAACAUCAGAUUUGUCUGCACUCCAAUUCCACUAGAAUGGCCCUCUUCGCCGGUGGCAAACUGCGUGUGCACCUAGACAUCCAGGUCGGGGAGCAUGCCAACAACUACCCUGAGAUUGCAGCUAAGGAUAAGCUGACGGAACUGCAGCUCCGUGCUCGCCAGUUGCUUGAUCAAGUGGAACAGAUCCAGAAGGAGCAGGAUUACCAGAGGUAUCGUGAAGAACGCUUCCGUCUGACCAGUGAGAGUACGAACCAGAGGGUCCUGUGGUGGUCCAUCGCUCAGACAGUCAUCCUUAUCCUUACUGGCAUUUGGCAGAUGCGUCAUCUCAAGAGCUUCUUUGAGGCCAAGAAGCUGGUGUAGUGUCCUCUCUGUAUGACCCUUUUUACUUUAGUUCUUUGGUACUUUCUCCAACCAAUCCCUUAACCACCUGGAUUUUGAGGGGAAAAAAUGCAAAGGAAUAUGACAUGUUGGUAGUAUGGCAACAAACCAUUCUGAUCAGUAACUUGUUUAACCUUGAUUCUCAUGGACACAGGACAUUGGUCCAAGAUUUCAAAUUCUAUUUUAGGGCUUAUAAGGAAUUGAAACUAAUAUAAGACAAGUCUUGUCUCUUUUGCCUCCAGUGAUUCCCCUGUCCUCUCAAAAAAUGAGCAAAUGACCUUCUGUUUUUUCUUCAUCUGAUUACACAGUAGGUGACUGGCAUACCCCACAAAGGAGGCCUUGCCUCACUGUUCCCUAGCCAGUUACUUGGUUCACUCAGUGGCUUUGUGAAUGUAAAUAAGGGGCAGGUCUUGGCCCCAGAGGAUCGAGAUGUUUUUCUAUAUAUUAGAACUAUUUUUUGAUAAAUUAUAUAUUUUCCUUCCUAGUUGAAGUGUUACUGCCUGUAACUAGCUGAAAACACCAAUCUAGUCCUUGUGCAUUCUGUUUAUUCACACGUUUUUAUAACUGCCAUGGCAGCUCUCAGGAUUUCAGCAGUCUGUGGGCCAGAAGCAGAUGUUAACAGCUGUUCUCAAGGCCAUAUUAGAAGGCCUAGCAGAAUUCUCUUGGACACCUGUGAUUCCCAUCUGAUAGGGCCUCAGAGUCAGGUAAGACAGUGAAAGAGCCAGUAUGGACAGUGCACUCUUAUCCCCCCUCUUCCCAAUUUAUUUAAGCUGUGGUAAUGUUUUCUUCAAGGGAACGAAAUUUGGUUCUUUAUUCAGAUUUUUCCAAUUAAAUAAAACGUCUUACAGUAGUUGUGUUUGAGAUGAAAUAAGAGGUUGUGGGCAGAGGAGAAGCAAAAAGGGAAAGAGGAAAAAUUCUUGGUCAGCCAGGGUGGGUGAUCUGGUAUGGACCUUAGUGUGGACUGUGUUAGGGCUUGGCUUGGAUGGACAUCUUUCUGGGAAACUAAGAGUGGACAGAGUGGUUCCUUAACCAUUCUCAGGCUGACCAAGUGGAGAACAUUUCAGCAAGGACAUGUGAGGAAACUUAUGUACUUGGUUUCUUAGCCCCUGAAUCAUAAAUUUGAACAGCUAAUGAUGCCCUUCUUCUGUAUAAAAACUUUAUUAUUA